UCUCCUCCCCUAGAAACUAGACGAGCGUCUUUUUCCAUGUGACGUCACGACGGCAACAUCAGCUGGGAGCCAGGUCCACCUCUCUGCUGCCCAUCGCUGCUCGUAGAACACAGAUACAUGAGAUCCCCUGUCAUCCCUGAAAUGGCGACACAGGAGGUUCAACCCACCGAGACCCUCUGCAAUCUCAAGACCGAGUCGGAGACGCUGAAGUCGAAGCUCGAAGAGGAAAGGGCAAAGCUGCACGAUGUCGAGUUACACCAAGUGGCAGAGAAGAUCGAGGGGUUGGGCCAGUUCAUCAUGAAGACUCGGAGAACUCUGAAGGGCCAUGGCAACAAAGUUCUUUGCAUGGACUGGUGCAAGGACAAGAGACGGAUUGUCAGCUCUUCACAGGACGGGAAAGUCAUUGUAUGGGAUGCGUUCACCACCAACAAGGAGCAUGCAGUGACGAUGCCUUGCACCUGGGUAAUGGCCUGUGCCUACGCACCCUCCGGCUGUGCAGUUGCAUGUGGGGGCCUGGAUAACAAAUGCUCAGUCUACCCUCUGUCUCUGGACAAGAACGAAAACCUGGCAGCUAAGAAGAAGUCUGUUGCCAUGCACACAAACUACCUGUCUGCCUGCAGCUUCACCAACUCAGACAUGCAGAUCCUGACAUCCAGCGGCGACGGAACAUGUGCAUUAUGGGAUGUGGAGAGUGGCCAGCUGCUGCAGAGUUUCCAUGGCCACGCAGCCGACGUGCUCUGUCUGGACCUGGCCCCGUCCGAGACCGGAAACACCUUUGUCUCAGGGGGCUGUGAUAAGAAGGCCAAUGUGUGGGACAUGCGGUCAGGACAAUGCAUCCAGUCUUUUGAGACCCAUGACUCAGACAUCAACAGUGUCAGGUACUACCCCAGUGGAGAUGCGUUUGCAUCUGGCUCUGACGAUGCUACUUGCCGUCUAUAUGACCUGAGAGCGGACAGAGAGGUCGCCAUUUAUUCCAAAGAAAGCAUCAUUUUUGGUGUCUCCAGUGUUGACUUUUCUCUCAGUGGGAGGCUACUUUUCGCCGGCUACAAUGACUACACCAUCAACGUGUGGGACGUUCUGAAGGGAACCCGGGUGUCCAUUCUGUUUGGCCACGAGAACCGGGUCAGCACCCUGCGGGUGUCCCCCGACGGGACGGGUUUCUGCACCGGGUCCUGGGACCACACCCUCAGGGUCUGGGCUUGAGGAGGUAGAUGGAGAGGCAGAGGAAGACUUAGUAAUGGAGAGAGCUAUUGGAGAGAAGAUGCUCAAAGUUCAGUUUGCUUGAGUACAAUCAUGAAAAUAGUGUCUCAUAGUCUGUUUUAUAUAUACACAUAUAUAUAUAUAUAUAUAUUUAUAUAUAUAUAUAUACAUACAUACAUAUAUAAUACUAAAUGAUGACACUGGGCACUGUAUAUACAUCCGUGAUAAAAAAUACAUUUAUAGGAUUAUUCGACCUUGUGGAAUAAUACAGUAUACUGUAGUAUGAUAAGCAAAAUUGCACAAUAUUCAGGGUAAUGGCUAUAGUUACUUGUGAAAUUUAUAUUUCAGACAGUUACAAUUGUACAAUGUCAAUUUAGGAUAGAGGUGAAAUGAAAUGAUAUGGUAGGAUAUUGUUUUGCACCCAGGAAGACGAUAUGCGUCCGAAUUUUAUAUCCUAUAACACACAUCACCUACCCCUGAACUGCCUGUGUUUUCAGUUACUUACAUGGCAAUAUGACUAUGGUUUAGGUGAACGGUAAGUGGUCAUGUUAUUUUUUGGAUUCUUUCAAGCCUGAAGCUGGUUCUUACUUUUAUUCCCCCCUGAUCUACAAAUCACUUGCGUUAUGUGCACAAUCCACCACAUAAAAUACCCCCUGAAUUACUAGGUCCCCUUUCCAUAACAUGUGAAAAUAUGUUUAAGCUCUCAGAACUUGGUCCCCCUCAUUGAGAUAUCUUAUGUCUGUGAUUUCAUAUUUAUUGCAAUUAUUUUAUUGUAGCUAAGUGUACAUAUCAGUUAUUUAAGGAAAUGUUAUGAAUACCAUAUAUACAAAAACAAUAAAUCGGGAUUUCAAGAUU